UACCGUCAAAUUUCUGAACGAAAAGUCAAACUCGGAAUACGCAGCUAAAUUCACGCUCUUUCAAUUUCCUUUCAAAAAUUGACACAACAAAAUGUCUAAGAGAGGACGUGGUGGUUCCGCGGGAGCGAAGUUCCGCAUCUCGCUGGGUCUCCCAGUGGGUGCCGUCAUCAACUGCGCAGACAACACAGGGGCUAAGAACCUGUACGUCAUUGCUGUGCAGGGCAUCAAGGGUCGCCUGAACAGACUGCCGGCCGCCGGUUCCGGAGACAUGAUCGUCGCCACAGUAAAGAAGGGCAAACCUGAACUCAGAAAAAAGGUAAUGCCAGCAGUGGUGAUACGGCAGCGGAAACCUUUCAGAAGGCGGGAUGGUGUCUUUAUAUACUUCGAAGACAACGCGGGCGUGAUAGUAAACAACAAGGGAGAGAUGAAGGGAUCAGCUAUCACCGGUCCCGUAGCGAAGGAGUGCGCGGAUCUGUGGCCCCGUAUCGCUUCCAACGCCAGCUCGAUAGCUUAAUAAAGUUACAAUAAUAA